AUAACGAUUUAUACACUGUUAAAAUCCGGAAGAGGUAAGACGCCUUUUCCUUCGGGGUUUUCCUUUACCCAUGAAACUACUUGUGGUAGGAUCAACAGGCGGUUCAGGGCUAGAUGUCAUCAAGGAGGCCCUUUCAAGGAACCAUGAGGUGGUGGCUUUAGCUAGGAGCCCCAAUAAGGUCACAAUUCAACACGCCAAUCUGAAGGUUGUAAAAGGGAAUGUAUUUGAGCCACAUGACCUUGAAGGACCAAUCGCAGAAUGUGAUGCGGUGAUUUCAUGUCUCGGCUGCAAUGCUGGAUUCCUGGGUAGAACACCCACGACAUUUUAUUCAGAUUCUAUGACGUCACUGACGACAGCUAUGAGGGCAGUAAAUAAAACACGGAUAGUUUGUAUGUCGUCAUGGUGUACUAAACCGGCCGAAAGAACACUAUGGGUUGCAGAAUGGAUCAUGCGCCCACUGGUCAUCGGGAACCUGCUGAAAAAUCUGUCCGAGAUGGAGAAUGACCUUGAACAAAAGUGUUCCGACCUUGACUGGACAGUGGUCAGAGCGCCCGGACUGUACAAUGCAGAUAGCUCAGGGAAGGAAAUAAAGACAGAGGAGUACCAGUUUGUGACCGGAUCCCCUAUAUGGAUACCUAGACGAGACGUUGCCAUUUUUAUUCUGAAUUGUAUAGAAAAAAAUGAAUGGACAAAAAAGAUAAUUGCGAUUGGAUUAUAACUUUUUU